CGCCGGGUGCCCGCGUAAAGUCGCAUCAAUAGUACCUCCUACUGUGAAAUACGACGCCAUAUCUGAUCAAUCGCUUUAUUAUCGUUAUCAAUUGACAAAAAGCGAUACAUGAUUACAUAAGCUGCAUCAUAGUACAGAGCAGCAGAAUUCACCUCAAACUUUGUUCAGAACUAUUCAGCGAAGACAGUUCAAACAACCGUCAAAAUGAUAGACGAUAAUUGAAAUUGCUCGUGUUUUUGAAAACUAUAACAAAAAUAGUGAAAGUGAUUCAAAAAUGGACACGAUAAAAAGCCACUGAUUUGAGCUAACAAGCUCCUAACACUAAUUUCAAUCCAUCAAUGUUAAAUUACAGACUUGUAUCAACACAUUUUCUGAAGCAGCCGUGAAGUGAUCAUACGAUUUAUUAUAGACUGCGUGUGUUAUAGACCAAUAUGUGUCGUGAUUGGGACAUGACGGCGCAGAGAAGUGACAUCAUUAAAUAGACCUUUUGUGUAGACUAUAUCUUUAAUAAUAAUCUAGGUUUAGUGACAGAUUCCCGCCAAAACGGCGCCCGAUACCACUCAGCCGUUUCGUUUUGUUUCUUUCAUUUUGUUUUAUAUCAAAGGAUAAGCAAUAAGCCCGGUUAAAUUGUGUUUUUUGUAGGGGUUGUAAAAUAGCCCCCCGCUAACCUGGCUAGCCGUAGUCGGGACAACAUUUCCAGGAUUUUAAAUUCCAUAGUCGACGCUGCAAGAUAUUGCAUUAAUCCUCACAUUGACGGUCGAAAACUUUUGGAAAUUGGGGGAUUUUGUUUGAAGGCUAGAGUUUUUAGCCUCAAGUGAACAUGGUACAAUUGGAAUUGAAACAGGGUUACGGGCACGAAAGAGAGUGCCCGAUCGAGCAGCGGCUUGUAAUAACUGGGCUCGGGUGGCAGUGCUGCGAGGGCGACGAGCCGCGGGUGAGGGAGAACGAAGAUAUGGCGGCCCCCGAGUGUGAGCGAGAGGCCCGCAAGCGGCGCGAGCGCCGUGACUCCGGCUGCACGCAUGAGAGGAAGGAGAGAAGACCGCAUAGUGAAGAGAGACCGCCGCCUCCACCACCGCCCCCGCCGCUUCACGACUAUAACCGACUUGAGUCGGAGCGUCGUGCCGAACGCCUUUCCCGCGCUCGCCGCCCCCAAUAUGGCGGCAAACGUCGCCGCGCCCCCGCCAGGAUAACAAAGCAUCCCAAAGAGAACGACUGUUCCGCCACAGAUGAAACAAGAUGCAUCACACCGCCAAAUUUUGAAUAUGCUGUACAGAAAACACAAUUAUCAGAUGAGCCAGAGACGUUAGACGCCGGAGCUCUCCAAUGCCAAGUCAACCUCGUGACUAGCACCUGUAGUACCGAGAGCGUUGAGACAGAAGCCGUGGAACGCGUGCGACGCGACGAACGAAGCGUCGCCCCAAGACAUCAGCCACGAAGGGACCAGCCCUGUCCGGAGACGAGACUCAAUAAGAUCCAGAAGAAGAUCAGUGUCCUCAAGAGGAGUAUCUCCAAGUAUGAAAGCGACUAUGAAGCCAAGAAUGGUUGUGCCAUUACUCCCAAUGACCGUAUCACCGAUUUCCAUUUGACACGAAUGUACGAAAGUCUUCGAAAAUUGCACGCUGAAAAACGUUGUAUCAAAAUUGAUCCACUUGAAUACGCGUUGAAAGUACAAGCCGCCAAGCAACAAAAGCAGAGGGAUGAAAAACUGGACAUAAUAUUGAAAAGCGACAAGCCUACGGUUGAUGUCAUACGGAACAUUGAAGAGUGGUUGGAAAGUUGUCGUCAGGCGACAGGUUGUUCAAUCACAACGGAAUCAAACUGGACGGUGACACAAUUGGCGCUGGAGAAGACUUGUAUGCAGAAAGCCUUGCUUCGGCUGGAGGCGGCUAGAGGGAGGCCGCCGGCGCAUUCUGCGGAGAGAGCCGCUGUCAAACAACUUUACAAUCGAUACCGAAAUCUCAAACGAUGCCUCGCUGUAUACAAGCCCGAUCCAUUAAUUGGGAGUACAAACGGUGAACUGGCUACCAUUCACGAGCAUGAAGCUAUGCACUUUAACUCCAGUGUGGAUAGCUCGAGCGACUCUCAAGAAAAACCAUCAGAUUCCUCUCAGGACACAGGAGAGACCGUUAUUCACAUGCCAUUGUCACCGCCUCGUCAAGAAGGCGGUGGACCAAAUGAAGAGCCACCUUCGUCGACAUCAUCAGCUCACUCAGCUACCAGUGAGGAAGCCCCAACUAACGAAGGACUCCAUUACCUAGGCGUGGAGGAUCUACAUAAGGCUUUGAAUGAGGCUAAAUUGCAGAAAUGUGUGCUCCGCCGCAGCAUCAAAGAGUACGAGGUCAGCUUCGAGCUGCAGAACAGCAGAAAGGCGCAGCGUGACGACAAGAAGAGUCACGAAGAUGAGUAUCUUCGGUACAAGGCGGUCAAAGCCAGGAUCAAACUGCUCAACGCCCUUAUAAACAAACAGAAGGCACUUUCGUAAAUACGCAGCGUUAAUUCAACUAGGGACUUAUAAACUUGAUUUUGUGAUAUAUGUUAAUAAAUUUCAUUUUGUGAUUUUUAUAUAUAUGUUAAUUGCAUACGUUAAAAAUCACUUAUUUUUAAAUUUUAAGUAUAAUUUAUUUGUUAAUAUUUUUUAUAAAUUGAAUUUUUUUUUAAAUAGAAAAAAGUUAUAAAUUUUUCUAUAUCACGGAGACGGACGCAAUGUGAACUUACUUCUUAUUAAGGUACAUCUUUUUUUGUUGUAUCAAUACAAAAAGCUCGGUAUACCCAACUAUAGAAUCUGGGAUAUCUAAGACUAUAUAGGUACAUUAUUAUUAUUAUAUUAUUUUUGAUUUAUUUGAUAGUAUUCGUAACAAAAGUUUGGUUUGUGAAGU